AUGAGAGGAGCAGCCGCAGCAGCGGCAGCAGCGGCUGCAUUUUCCUGUUUCUGCACCAGCAGCAGCAACGCCUCCAGACUGCAAAUUCGCGAAAAGUUUUUUUCGCAAAUCGCAGCAGGCGCUUUGGGCGGAGCCCUUGGCCCUUUAGCGCCGCAGCAGCAGCAGUUUCCAUUUGCUGCAGGUUCAGCAGCUCCUGCUGCUGCUGCUGCUACUGCUCCCGCAGCAGCAGAAACCCCCGAAAUACCUGCAGUGGACGUCGGACUUCUGGAAACCAACAAAGGAGCUGCAGCGCUCCAAGUCGGGGGUAUGCUGCCGGAUCUCGCGGCUCCGGUGAUCUUCAUGGAGCCCCCCCCGGUGACCCAGUCGCAGACACUGGAGGCUGCAGAGAUUGCAGAAACAACUCUGGCCCAGAUCGGCGACCAGUCCAGCCCAGCCAUGAAAGCCGUGCGCGAGUAUGAAUUGCGGAAACUCGGGGAGAUUUCCGGAACAACUCUCGAGCAAAUCCGAAAGGAAAUCCGCGAGACGGAGUCGGCGAUCGAGAAGAGGAAAAAGGAGCGAAACGAUCUGACAAACAAACUCAAGAGCACUGCGCGCGAACUUGCAAAAUCGGGGAACCGCCAAAUGGAACUCGAGGCGACCUUCGCCAACGCAGAAAAAGAAGAAGCGGAGGCAGAAGACCUCGCCACAGAGAUGGAGGGCGAGGAAUGA